AUGAAUCAGUUAUCGUCAGACAACAGUCCUUACCAUAAACUUCAGGCUACAUCUAAGUUUAUACACACAUAUAAUGAAAGUAAAGUCAAUAAAAUUGAAGAUGUGCCAAAAGAAGGCAAAGACGGUAAACUUAUGGCCAUUAUAUCACCGAUCCAGGGUCCGGGCGUUAACAGUAAAAGCAAUAUAUAUGGAGGGCUGCAACUGACAAGAGAACGUCUACAGUUUAAUGGAGACAGUAAAAAUACACCAACAGAGAAUACAGAGAAUACAAAUAACAAAGUAACGACUAAAACGGGAACACCACUAUCAAUUGCUGAGAAUCAGAAUAUCGAUGUGAAGGAACUAGCCAAGUAUGGGGAAAACGAGAAUACCAAUAAAAAAGGACCGACCAACAACUGGACACCAUCGUCACAUGCUGAGAAUCAGACUGUUCAUUUAAGGGAACCAGCUGAGUCUGAAGCAAAAGAAUGUUUAAAGAAAUAUGAAGCUAUAGUUCACAAAAUCAACCGUCAGACAGAAAUCUUAACUUGUGCUGGAGACGAAACUAGAAAUGAAGUAAAAGAUUUGGAAGACUAUGUUGAGAUAGACUGGAUUAAAGUAUUUAAAGAGUUAGUUCCGAAUCUACCAGCUGAUGAUACAUGGAAGUUUUUCGCCAUGGAACUCUUACAUUUUUGCCAGCAAAAAUGUGGCAAACCACAAGAUAUCGACAAUAAAAUAAAGGAAAUUGAUAACAUCACGAACAGAAAGCGUAAAGGAGUGUUUUUAGCCUACCAUGAAGUUUUGAAUACCUGGAAGAAUAUUAUGGCCAAAGAUGCUGAUUUCGACCAGAUCAAACAGGCGUUACAAGCAUUCGACAACAACAUUAUAAUGGAAGAGUUUGAAAAAAUAAAAAAUGGUGGUUCCUUUAGUGCUGCAAAAACUACAUUAGCUGAAAAAUGUUGGAAAUAUCCAAGCAUGUUUAAAUUGAUAGAACUGUUUAGCUAUGAUAAUAAAGUCAAUAAAACUGAAGAUGUGUCAAACGAAGGCAAAGAAGGUAAACUUAUGGCCGUUAUAUCACCGAUCCAAGGUCCGGGCGUAAACAGUAAAAGCAGUAUUUGUGAAGGACUGCAACUUACAAGAGAGCGUGUACAGUUUAGCGGAGACAGUGAAAAUACACCAAAAGAGAAUACAGAGAAUACAAAUAACAAAGGACAAACUAAAAAUGGAGCACCGCUAUCAAUUGCUGAGAAUCAAAAUAUCGAUGUGAAGGAACUAGCCAAGUAUGAGGAAAACGGUACACAUUCACAGAAAAUAAAUUGGAUACAGGUUUUCUUACAGCUGGCUAGGUCCUUCCCGCCAACACAAUGGGAGAUGUUUGCGCUACAUUUACUUAGCAAUUGUCCACGGGUCAGACACAUCAAUGUACAUGAUACAAUUGAAGAAAUUAAACUUGAGGCUCGUAAUGAGCAUACCACUGGGUGGAUUUGUCACGCGUACAUAAAGGUGUUCAAGAAGUGGCUUGAAAUCGUGGGUGACACGGCGGAAAACCUCGAGCAAAUAAAACAAGCCGUCUAUGAGUGUAUAGAAUCAAAGGAAGUGAAGGAUAGUGUCCUAUUGAUAAUAAGGGACCCUCCAAAAUUGCCAUGUGUUGCAAGAGAAAUUGAGCAAACUCCAAAACAUCCAGUUUCAUAUGUUCAACCAUGCUAUGCAUUGCACGAUAUUGAGACACCAAGUGCAUCGUGUAGCAUUCACUACAGCUCAAGACAAGUACAAAGUAUUCAGUCAUCUCGUUACGGUACCUGUUCAAGGUUUUUGCCAUGCUCUGCAACAUUACAAUCCCUCCCUAAUGGUCAGGCCAUGCAAGCCUCAUUUCAGUACACCGAAAUGAACUUUGAACCAAAUUGUAAUGACGAGUCUCAAACGCUUCACAAGGAACAAGGUAAAGGCAAAAAGCGAAAAACAUCACAAUUUCAAGAUAAAAUGAAAUUAAGUAAGCUUGAAAGUUAUGCAAGAGAUAAUGCAAAACAAAAUUUACUUUCCAAUCUCAUACCAAUCCGCCAGUGUGACUAUGAUAUUUACAUGGAACAUGUAGUGGAUCUUGUUAUGAAAGAAUGUAAUGUGAACAGAAAAAUUGUUUUGUCAAUCACAUAUAAGACUUUUUGCGAAGUUGAAGAAGUUACAACAAAACGAAAUGAAAAGCUGUACAUCGUAUAUUGUGGCAGCCCAAAACUUAUUCUGAAAAAAGAAGUUUACAAUGAUUUUGAUAUCUACGGGAAUAUUGUGCGACCAAAACUCCUUGCAUACCUUGACGCGCAGAAAAUUGAAUAUGAUACGUCAGAUGCAAAUACAUUUUUAUUUUUAUCGUUUAACGGCAAUGCAGCUUUCGGACAGCUGGAUGUUCACAGAAAACGUGAAAAGAUAGCAGAGAAACCAACAAUCACGCAGUUGCAUUCUCUACAAGAACUGGUUUCUACAGCAAGUAGUAAAGAAACAAAUGGUUUUGAUAAAAAUGAAAAUAAAGAAAUAACAGAAAUCCAGUACACUCGUAAACACAAAAAACAAGCAACAUGUACAAGUUCUGAUUGGCCGCAAAGUAUUGAACAGCCUGCCGAUGGCCCCGUACACAGCAACCAGUCAGCAGAAGCUGCUACCCACAUAAAUGAAAAACACGUAAAUGAUUUCCAGCGUAAAGAACAUGGAACUACUAACAAGGAUUAUACUCACAGUCUAACUAGAAUUAAGGGAGUCACUUCUGAAGUUACAGGUCAGACAAAAGAAUUCGUUAGCAAGAAUGUGGAGAUUGGAAAUGAAAUGAAAAUCCUGAAGAGCACGGAUAUGAACAAGAAAUGUGAGACAGUACUUGACGACAGAGACCCUCUUGCGCUUAAAAUUGAAGUGGACGAUGAAUUGAAAGAGAUCUGUGAUUCAUUUUUUCAGACAGGUGAAGAGUCCUUUACAAUAGACAAACCAGAUACAAUACCCGAUAUACUCAGUUCAUUUGUUGAUCAAGACUCGGUGGAACAAUAGAAUAUGAAUAGCAGUAGUGUGACACUUCAUCCCAAAUUUCAAAUAGUUGAAGUGCAUUCUAUAAAAUUCGCCAAUGAUUUGUUUUAGAAAUAUACUCGUAUUUGAGGCUAGGUUUCAUAGAGGUCAAACCAGUACAAAUUAGAAACAACGUCAGUAUAUCGUUAAUUUGUCGGUCAACUUGAUACAACAACAUUGAAGCAGACAUCAUGCAAAUGUCGUAACAAUUUUACAAGUAGAGGAUAUUUUGGUACCGUCUAUUCCACAAAUUAAAUACUGAGCACAUUGGCUGUAUACUUUUAGUGGUGUAUACGUAUAGAGUGAACUUUGAAUGAUCUAAAAACUUUAUUUGUUAGAAACUUCUCCUUUAUGUCAACAAACAUCUCAUACUUAGUGCAUAUACACAUUUUUGUCAAAAUUUAGGAACUAAACUUUACAAUACAAUACAUAAAAGCCGCACAGUACUGAUCAUAAAUCAAAACGGAUGACUCUUGAAAAAUAUUUUCGCAAAAUAUAGCUUCUUUACGUAUUUUCGUGAUGAGAGCUAUUCGUUUCGCGUAGUUACUGACACUAACUUCGUUUCGUUUAUGUCGUCAAUUUUACGGUACGGAACAAUGUUUUGUUGCGUUUCUGCGGUUAGCUAUUUAUAAUUUCGGCAUUAAUUAGCCAUUUAACAUCAAAUCAAAGAGAGGGUUAUAUGAUUGUCAAGACGAAUGAAAAUGCAAACACAUUUAGUUUGUCGUAAAAGUUAUCGUAAAUUGUCGCUUUCCGCUUCCGGUGGUACAUAUGCACAUGCAAAUUGUGUGUGUGUAUUUUUGUCGUCAGUAUAGAACAUAGACACUUUUCUCAUGACUUAAGUUAACAAUUAUUUUUAAGUCGUCCAGAGAGAGAGAGAGAGAGGCCUUGCAAGAAAUUAAGUAUGAUUAAACUUUUUAAUAAUAAUAAUAAUCUAAUGAUAAUAAUUUCAUUUUAACAAGGUGGCAUAUUAAGAGUAUAUACCAUACAAAAUACUUAUUUCCAAUAUCAGUAUCUACAGCAAUAUUAGUAACAGUACUAAUACCAAAUGAUAACUUGAUUCUCGCGAGGACGCGCCCGUUUCAUGAUAAUCAAAAUAUCAAAUUAUAUACAUGUAUUAUGGAAAAGUAAAUAUCAGUAUUCCUUUCAUAUUAGCUACGCGUUAAGUAAAUAGCAACAUAAUUCAGUGGGGUAAGAUGCAUAUAACAGAUCGUUUUGCACGAAGGGUUCGGAUCCUCAUGAUUUAUUUUCAGGUCAGUUUUGUUUGUUUUUAUUAUCCGUUUUUACUUUUUAUUAACAUGUUUUUCGUUUCUUUCUUUGGUGAUCUGUAUUUAUACGUAUGUUUUAUAACAUAUUUUCACUAUAAUAUUCCUAUUUAUAUGCUUUUGUACAUGCAUAUGCAUUUAACUAAUAUCAUCUUUCAUAUUACACUAAACAUUUCUCUGCCAAUUCGGCUUCGGAAAUUUCUCUGCCGUUGUGUCAUAGAGAAGAUAAUGAACAUACAAUGUAUAAAGGAAUAAAUAUCUUUGAUGCAAAAAUAAAAGGAAAAUUAAUUGCCGUCUCUGAGGUUCAAACUCGCCAGAAAAGUAAGAUCUGUUGAAUAUUAUUCCUACGCUUAACCUCUGAACUACACUUUUCAAGAUAAACACGUUCUAAGGCGUUUUACAUAUAGCAAACGCAGCUCUACUAGUACAGACACAGAGCGAUCUGACCAGAGGGACAGAGUGAGAUAAAGCCUCCAGAACAGAUAGAGAGCAAUCAUUUUAGACACAGGCCUGUCCACCUCACUUAGCCUAGCUCUUUGCGGGUAGACAGUCUGGUUCUUUACCGUGCCUGGUGUAUAGCACCGAUACACGCGAAGCCGUCUUUCCUGGGAAGAACCAGUACAGGCCUCUUAGUUAGGUGGGAGACACUCAAGAGCAUCUCAGAAAUUUCCAGUGCCUGGACCGGGAUUCGAACCCCGGACCUCUGGAUUGACAGUCAAGCGUGUUACCACUAGACCACCGGCCCACCUAAUUCAACUUAUUCAACUCGUUAAAUAAAUUCUGUAUGAAAAGACACUCAUGUAAUAUCCUCUAUUUACUAAAACGGCGUAUGCUGUUUGCAAAUAGACAUUUAGCCAUUCCGUUUUAAAAAUCUAAUACUUUCUGAAACAUAAUUUCAUUCUUGUAUUUACAAAACAUUACAUUUCAUAGUUGUCUUUAUCACGUAAAUGUAUGUAGUAAUUUUCAAGUUACCUACAUAGAAGAUUGUAUAAUUGCGUGACAAAGUACAAACAAGCCGUUGCAUAUAUAUGAACAUAAACAAACAUCAGUCGAAAAUAAUCUGAAUUUUCAUUUGUAUUCCGCGGUAAACAGAAAGCCGUAUUUUUUUCGAAUAAAAUGUUAGAACAUAUUUCAAGAAGAUGUGUUAUUAAGUAUAAUCUAAGGUGCAACUGGCGGUAAAUGAUUUCUUUUGCAUAGGGAAUGUUAUAAAUGAAUAUGAAAUAAUGUACUUUUUAUGUAACACCCUCCCCACAUGCAUGUUAUGUUUGGAUGGGACCAUUAGCGUUGCCCUCGCUCGCUCGUCCGCUUGACCGUCUGAACCUAGCAGGAAUAAUAUGCAGCUUCGAAGUUGCAACAUAUUCGCAAAAUACUUGUUUUUGAUAUAAUUAAUCUUUUGAAACUACUGCAUCUAAACAAACUCAGAUGUACAGAAAGAUUCAACCAGUCAGAUUUGAACAUUGGGCAAAUGGACGUACCCGCUUCUGUUACUUGUUGAGAUGUCGUCAGUAACAAAUGUUGAGCAAGUUAAUACCGAUAGAGAGUUCGGAAACAGUAACAGUUAUAUUGUCCGUAUAACGUUACUACCUACAAUGCUAAA